GUAAUUAUCUUGCAGCCAAUAAGAGAGAGAUUUCGGGUGCGGUGCGGUUCAUUUGAUGCUGUCAAAUAAAUACAUGCAUAUAAACCGGCCGAUUUCCUUCUCUCUCUGCUAUAAGCAUUCCUUAAUCCUUUCGCAGACAGGUUAAGUUAUUUACACAUUACACACGAUUAGACAUACGUAAGGACAUAAGUGUGUCUCUGAUCGGACGACGGUGGUGUGGACCGUGGACGACUGAGGAAGGUGAAUGUAAAACUUUGCAGCUGAAAGAUAACGCGAUGAAUAAAAAUAAAAAUACUCGUGAAACAACACCAGGUGAUGGUUUACGAUCAUUACGGAGCACUACGUUAUUCCGCGCCGUUAAUUUCGAGUUGUAUACCAAGCCGAACAAAACCAUUAUGAUUCUCGGUGUUAUGGCAAUGUUGGGUUGUUCAGGAUACAUAUUUUAUAUGAAUUUUAAUCAAAAGAGGAACGAUUAUCGUACUUUAGUUAAAUCAGACGACACUGUGGUAUUAGUGAAAAAAGCAUCCAAGUGGACGGAGUAAGAAAAUCCUUAACGAACACACGGGGCAUUGCUUGUAGUUGAAUGACUUGAUCAAGUCUU